UUUCUAGCAUAUUUGUUUUUGUUUUAGCACAAGCAGAUGAAAUACUGGAGCUUCGGCUUAGAAUCAACAGCAGUGAGAGCUCCAUGGAGAACCUGAAGAUGAAGAGUUUAGCUGUAGCGGCUGAGCUGCCGUUCCUGCAGACCAGACUGAGGGCGAGUGAGAGAGUCAUGGAGCAGCUCAGGAGGAAGGAUGCAGUUCUGGCCAGCAGGAUGUGCAGCACUGAGACUCUGAUGGAGGACCUAAAGGGGCAGAUCUCAGACAUCCAAGCCUCCAAUAGUUCAUCUGCCUCUGAUGCAGUGAUGCUGGAACAACGCCUGGAGAUCCAUCUGGACACGCUGAGGACAAACAUUGAAGACCAGGUUCAUGAGUUGAAGAAUAAAUUCAGCUCCAGCCAGCUGAGCCUGGAAGGACGGAGUGCCUCUGCUGAGAAUCGCCUAACUGAUGCUGAGAGACAACAAGACGAGCUGAGGAAAACCAACGCUGAGUUGGAGAGCAGACUGAGAUCCAGUGAAAAACAGCUGGAAGAUUUGAGGACAGCAAACACAGUAAGAGCAGCAGAACUGGCUUUUCUUGCAGAAAGACUGACAGCCGCUCAGAGGAACUCAGAAGCUGAGCUGAAGGUGGCCUUUUCAGUCGGUCUGACUGACUCAGGGAUUGUUGGACCAUUUGAAGAAGAAACAACUCUUAUCUUCUCCAAAACCAUCACGAACAUUGGCCAAGGCUACAACAGCUCCUCAGGUGUUUUCACCGCUCCUGUUAGAGGACUUUACUUCUUCAGCUUUACGGCUGCAGAUUACCAGAAGGGGUACAUGGGUCUGUACCUGUACAGGAACCAGCAGCCUGUCCUCUUCAGCCUGGACCUGAACGACCACGGCGGAUACACCUCCACAACCAGUGUGGUGGUUCUGCAACUGGAGGGGGGAGACAUUGUCCGCCUGGCUUUGCCGGCCAGCUACCGCCUCUAUGACGACUCACGGAGCUUCAGCGUGUUCUCUGGCUUCCUGCUGUUCCCAGUCUGACACCGCCGGUCCACAUACAACACAUGGACUUCAUUCAGAAUCAAAUAAAAAGUUAGAACUUUGAUUCAGGUCAGAGAAGAAGGUUUUAUGGUGCCAUUUUCAACAAACACAGGCUGAGGGGGUGGGGGCCUCUUGGCACCUGUGAGUCUCCAAACUUAUUAAAACAUAACAAAAAA